GCUUCCACGAGCGAUCGCAUCCCCUCCAUCACUCGACCCGGAGGGAGCCAAGGGCGAGCGAGGGAGCCUCGCGUGUUUUCUCCCUCCUCCUCCUCCGGCUCACGCAGCGCACGAUAAUCCCGUCGACUGGACGCUAUUAAUAUUAUUCCAACACAAUUCUGCCACCGACAUUCACAUUCGGCGUCGCGUGCUGCCCACCCGCAGGUCGCCGGUGUCUCGCCGUAAUCAGCGCGGGCGUUGCAUCCUCUAUCCCGCCUCCGUGUCCUCCUCCUCUUCCUCCUCAUCCCCAUUCUCUUCCUCCUCCUCGGAUUCUUGGCCGCUGCGUCCGCCGAAGCGCGGGUGAGGAUGACGGCGCUGGCGCGAAUGGCAGCAGCGACGCUCUGCUUGCUCGGCUGCACGUUGGAUGGGUGCUGGGCAUCAGAAGCCGCGAGUCGUCUCUACAAGACUCUGUUCGCGAGCUACAACCCUUACAUCCGACCCGUGUUCAACGUGUCCGAUCCGGUCAUCGUGAGAUUUGAGGUGUCCAUGUCACAGCUGGUCAAGCUGGAUGAAGUGAAUCAAAUAAUGGCGACAAACCUCUGGCUUAAACACACUUGGAAUGACUACAAGUUCCAGUGGAACCCUGGUCAAUUCGAAGGCAUGGAGUACAUCCGAGUGCCGUCGGACAAGAUCUGGAAGCCAGACAUCGUUUUGUACAACAACGCGGACGGAGACUUCCAAGUGGAAGGCAAGACCAAAGCUCUGCUCAAGUACGACGGCACGGUGAUGUGGAUGCCGCCGGCGAUUUUCAAAAGUUCGUGCAAGAUCGACGUCACUUACUUCCCCUUCGACUACCAGAACUGCACCAUGAAGUUCGGCUCUUGGACCUACGACAAGGCCAAGAUCGACCUGGUGCUCGUCGGCACCAAGAUCAACCUCAAGGACUUUUGGGAGAGCGGAGAGUGGGUCAUCAUCGACGUCCCAGGCUACAAGCACGACAUCAAGUACAACUGCUGCGAACAGAUAUACCCGGACAUUACCUACUCGGUGUACGUGCGGCGCCUUCCGCUCUUCUACACCAUCAACUUAAUCAUCCCCUGCCUGUUGAUCUCAUUCCUGACCGUCCUGGUUUUUUACCUCCCCUCCGACUGCGGCGAGAAAGUGACACUGUCCAUCUCGGUGCUGCUGUCUCUCACCGUGUUCCUGCUCGUCAUCACUGAGACCAUCCCGUCCACGUCACUCGUCAUCCCGCUCAUCGGCGAGUACCUCCUCUUCACCAUGAUCUUCGUGACCCUCUCCAUCGUCAUCACCAUCUUCGUGCUCAACGUGCACUACCGCACGCCCGAGGCGCACACGAUGCCCAACUGGGUGCGCCGAGUUUUCCUCGACACGCUGCCCAAGAUCAUGCUGCUGCAGCGACCCAAGGCCUCCGAGGGCACGGCGGCGUCGCCCGACGCGGUCCUGGCAGAGGCCGACCAGCAGCCAGCGUGCCUCUGCGCCGGAGAGCUGCUGUCGUCGUCGGCGGCAGCGAGCGGCAGCAGCUGCCACAGCGGCGGCAUUUCGAGGGCCUCCAGCUCCGUGGACGCGCCCGUGUCGUCCGUGCGGCUGCCGAGGCUGCGCGCGGCUGACGUGAUGUCGGACGAGCUGUCCAGCUCGUCCAGCACGGAGUCGCUCGACGCGCUGCUCGCCCUCUGCCUGCUCUCGCCCGAGAUCCGCCAAGUGAUCGACAGCGUCAGGUACAUCGCCGAGAACCUGCGGACUCAAGACGAGGCCAAGGAGGUGUGCGACGACUGGAAGUAUGUGGCCAUGGUAGUGGAUCGCAUUUUCCUGUGGGUCUUCGUGCUGGUCUGCAUCCUCGGCACGGCUGGGCUCUUCCUGCAGCCGCUCAUGGCUGGGGAAGACAUGUGAAGAGAACGGCGACCGUACCAAGCUCCCCCCCCCCCCCCCACCAAAACAGAAGUGCCCUACGACUCCAUCCCUUGACCUCUGAACUCACAUAUGCCUUUGAAAGUGCAUCAUUAGCGGCGGCACGAGCAAUCGAUUCUAGCCCCCCCCCCCUUUAUUUGUAUUCGCCAAGCCCUCAUUUAAGGCAUCUGGCCAAUGUGGACUAGUAUGCUAAUUACCCUCGAGAGGAGCUCUAAUAGUGGAGUCCCUUCCGCUGGCAGUGGCAAUAAGCAAGUGAUUGCAGGGCUGCACCUUUACCUUCAAACAUCUUUUCAUCAUCUCGUCGGGAUGG